UAACGAAGAAGACUCAUGCUAAUGCAAACGCUAAUGCUAAUAACAUUGCUAACAGCGUGUGACUCGAACAGUAUGGUCGACAUUUAAUCAAUAAAGAACCGGAGCCGCCUACAAACGCGCUACAACACAUGCCGUGUGACGUAACCUUUAGUCGGAUGGUCAACCGUCGGAAAUGAGAAGGAAAAAAGAUACGAGAUUAAGAAACGCGGUCGAAACGCGAUGUGCGAGACGACCAGCAAGCUAGCAAGAUUCACGGGGAGCAGUGAGCAGCAGCGGUGGCCGCGCCCGGGAAUCAUUUGGUGAUUUAACCCCCAAUUCCAACCCUUGAUGCUGAGUGCCAAGCAGGGAGGUCCAGGUGGCGCCAUGAGGGCUUGUGGACGAGCUUCCAGGAGGAGGAAGAAGAAACAUGGCAGAGUCGUCCAAGCGGCGUCUCUGAGCCACCAUCUUCAGUGCGUGAGGCUGCUGAGAUUCCUUCGCCGGCGGGGAUUCGCACCGACGCCGCUGCGCCCGGCAACCUUCCCAGGCACAGGACGAGGUCUGCAGGCGGUCAGGAACAUGGAGGCCGGUCAGCUGCUGAUCUCUCUUCCACAGUCCUGUCUCCUGACAACGUCCACUGUGAUGGACAGCUACCUUGGCCCGUUUAUCAAGAGCUGGAAGCCCCGCCCCUCACCUAUGUUGGCGCUCUGUGUCUUCCUGGUGUGUGAGCGACACAGAGGACAGGACUCUGAUUGGUUCCCCUACAUGGACGUCCUGCCCACCACCUACACAUGUCCCGCCUACUUCAGCCAUGAUGUCAUGGCGCUGCUGCCGGCUGGCGUGCGGCGGCGAGCGCUCCAGCAGAAGGAGACCGUGCGACAAAUACACUCCUCUCAUCAGCAGCUGUUCAGGACUCUGCAGCCGGUCCUCAGUGAGCCAGUGGAAGACGUGUUGACGUAUGAAGCGCUCAGGUGGGCAUGGUGCAGCGUCAACACCCGCUCCGUCUUCAUGGCUCAGCCGUCCAACAGCUUUCUGCAGGGAGAGGACGUGUACGCCUUAGCUCCCUUGUUGGAUCUGCUCAACCACCGUCCUGACGUGCGGGUCCACGCGGGAUUCAACCAGGCAACAAAGUGCUACGAAAUCAGGAGCGUUUGCGGGACGCCGCGUUUUCAGCAAGCCUUCAUCAACUACGGUUGCCAUGACAACCAGCGCCUGUUGCUGGAGUACGGCUUCGUCGCCCCGGGCAACCCGCACAGCGUAGUCUACAUGUACAAAGAAACCCUCUGCGAGCUCCUGAAAGGUGACAGAAGUUUGGAGCAGAAGAUGAAGUUCCUCAGCGAGAACGAUUUCCUGGAUAAUCUGACCGUGUCCAGCGAAGGUCCCGGCUGGAGGCUGAUGACGGCUCUCAGGAUGAUGUCCCUGCCACAAACACUUUAUCACCAGUGGAGGGCAGUGUUGCACGGCCAAGCGGUGGGCGAGGAGGCCGAGCGGUGGAGCGUCUGUGCGGCGGUGAAGUUGUGUGAAGGACUGCUGCUCAGCACGCUCACAGCUCUGGAUCAGAUCGCCGGUCUUCUCCAGCAGGGGGAGCAACUGUUGAAGGAGCAGCUGCAGGUAGUGGAGGCACUGAGGCUGGAGGAGAAAUGCAUCAUGGAAAGCUGCUUAGAGUCGCUACGAAGUUCACUCAAAGUGUCGAGCGUGUCGUCAUGCCAACCGGAUGUCAACGACGCAAGCUGACAUUUGAUGAGGGAUGUUCCUACAGCUUCAUUGGAGUCCAGUUCAGUUGGUUGGACAUGAUUUGGAAAGUCACACAGCUGUCUAUACAGAAGGUCCACACUUGACCAUGCAUGGCAGAGAACACACCAGAAAUGAAGUCCAAGGAAUUGUCUGUAGACCUCCAGGACAGGAUUGUCUCCAGGCACAAAUCUGGGGAAGUGUACAGAAAAAUAUCUGCUGCGUUGAAGGUCCCAAUGUGCACAGUGGUCUCCUUCAUACGCAAAUGGAAGAAGUUUGGAACCACCAGCACUCUUUCUAGUCUAAACUGAGCUAUCAGGGGAGAAGGACCCGAGUCAGGGAGGUGACCAUGGACCCGAUGGUCACUCAGUCAUAGCUACAGCCUUCCUCUGUGGAGAGAGGAGAACCUUCCAGAAGGACAAUCCACCAAUCAGGCUCGAGUGGCCAUUUCUUAGUCAAAAGACUCUCAGACAAUGAGAAACUAAAUUCCCUAGUCUGACGAGACAAAGACUGAUGCCAGGCGUCAUGUUUGGAGGAAACCACCAGGCCAAUACCAUCCCUACAGUGAAGCAUUGUGGUGGCAGCAUCAUGCUGUGGGGAUGGUUUUCAGCAGCAGGAACUGGGAGACUAGUCAGGAUAGAGGGAAAGAUGAAUGCAGCAACGUACAGAGACAUCCCAUCCAAACUGAUGGAACUUGAGAGGUGCUGUAAAGAAGAAUGGUUGAAAAUGCCCAAAGAUAGGUGUGCCAAGUUUGUGGCAUCGUAUUCAAAAAGACUUGAGGCUGUAAUUGCUGCCAAAGGUGCAUCAACUAAGUACUGAGCAAUGGGUCUGAAUAAAAAGUUAAAGUACCAAUGAUUGUCACACACACACUAGGUGUGACGAAAUUAUUCUGUGCAUUUGACCCAUCACCCUUGAUCACCCCGUGGGAGGUGAGAGGAGCAGUGGGCAGCAGCGGUGGCCGCGCCCGGGAAUCAUUUUUGGUGAUUCAACCCCCAAUUCCAACCCUUGAUGCUGAGUGUCAAGCAGGGAGGUAAUGCGUCCCAUUUUUAUAGUCUUUGGUAUGACUCGGCCGGGGUUUGAACUCACAACCUACCGAUCUCAGGGCGGACACUCCAACCACUAGGCCACUGAGUAGGUCAUAUUUAUGUACAUGUCAUUUUUGAGUUUUUUUACUUUUAAUAAAUUGGCAAAAAAAUUCA